AGGAAGUCGGUGAUCGGAGCCGGUGUGCGGGUCGGAGCCGGUGACUGGGCAGUUAUCAGCGCUCGCAGCUUCCCGGGAUGAACGCGGUGGGUCUGCCGAACCAGGCGGCGGGGAGACUAUUUCCCCACGGUGUCUUGAGCUGGUCGCCCCAGGCUUGGGAAGCCUUGACGGUGACUGUCAUCGCAGUCAGCGUAACGUCCUGGAUAGCUUUUCGGAAAAUAAGUUCUGAUGGCUCGGUCUCGGUGUGGAGGAGAAGGCUGGCAGUGGAGAUUUUACUGCAAGUGGUGCUACUUGGAGGAGCGAUGCUCAUCUCCUACUGGAAUACAGCGAACCUGGAGCUGUUCCGGGUGAAGGGACCGGACCAUCCCACCGUGGCGCUGGUGGGUGCAAGCGCCGUCCUGAACUGUACGGUGGUGUCCCCCAUACAGGACAGGGGGUGGGACUUUGAGUGGAGGAACCUCAGGACUCAAGACGUGAUCCUGACCUGUGACGAUCAGGGGGAGCCUUGCCAAUCCUUCCGGGACGGGACACACCUCUUCGGUGACCAGCUGGAGGCCGGGAACGUGUCGGUCAGACUGGAGGGGAUCCGGGCCUCCGAUGCAGGGAGGUACCAGUGCACCGUCUUCUCCGGAACCCACACCAGCUCGGUGGUGAUGGACCUUAGCGUGGUGGCCCUUGGGACAAAGCCCAGCGUAUCUAUUGAGCAGUUCAACGAGAGCUCCUUCCUUUACACGUGCCGGUCGGAAGGAUGGUUUCCCGAACCCGCCAUCAUCUGGAAGGACAGUGAGGGGAAGAGCCUGUUGCCACUGUCGACGGUAACCAAGACAACGGACGAGGAAGGCCUGUACAGGCUGGAGGUCCAGCACUGGACAGCCCAGGGGGUCCCAACCUCUGUCACCUGCAUCGUCCACAACAGGGUGAACAACGUCAAGAAGGUGUCCACUGCAUGUACCAGAGAACAGUUUCCAUACAGUCAGUUCCACGUUGGUGAAACCGAAUGGAGACACAUCCAAAGUUUCUCAGUGUCCCUGAGGCUGGACGCGGACACCGCCAACCCCUGGCUCGCCCUGUCGGAAGACCUGAUCAGCGUGGUGGGGGACAGCCUGCACCAUCCGGUCCCCAGUACCCCCAACAGGCUGCAGCUCAGCCCCUGCGUCCUGGCAUCCAGAGGCUUCUCCUCGGGCCGGGCCUACUGGGAGGCGGAGGUGGCCGGGAACCCGGCCUGGGAGCUGGGCCUGCUCGGCGAGAAGGCCCACAGGAAGGCUGGGGUGGAGGGACUGGCCGGGAUCAGCUUCUGGGCCCUGUCCCGCCUCGGUGAGAUGGAGUAUCGGGCGGUGGGCUCUCCGGGCCAGACCCUGGUGCUGAGCGAGGAGCCCACAGUGGUGGGGCUCUACCUGAUCCACCAGCCAGGGCGCCUCUCCUUCUUCGACGCUGACAGACAGCUGCACCUCAGCACGGUGACCGUCGACCCCACCGACAGGCUCUACCCCAUCUUCUGCCCUGCUCCCUGGGACCGCCAGAGGCCCGCCGAACCUCUGCGGCUGCGGAGGAGGGGUCCGUAGUGGUCUGCUCACAACUCAGGACUAACAGGGAACCCCUGCCCUGUCCCAGCAGGGCUGUGGUGUGGGGUGGGGGUCCCACUUAGCCUCAAGUGACCAGCCCUGUCUGAGAGAUGGCAACAUGAGCCCGCGUCUGGAUUACUGUUGCUCGUCACACAACAUUGGAGGGACUCUGGUCUUCUCCAGUGAUGACCUGGACCAGUUUGAUAAGGAUCAGGAGAUCCACUGAUUAAUCCCCGUCACAAGGUGUUCACGGAUCGGAGGCCUCACCAACACUCAGUGGGGAGGGAAACAGCUCUCCAGGCACCUGAGGGCCGACAUCCAGCAGGGAACCCCAGGCCUGGAAGGGGCGAUGGUGGACGGAGAGGGUGCCGGAGACCCAGUGACACUGCAGACCACAGCGUACGCAGGUUCAAUCCCCAGCCCAAACACACAAGGUCCCACCACAUGGGGAACCGAGGAAAGAGGGGAAGUUAAGGACGGCAGCAGUCCGUGCCGGCUGGGAACACUUCAGAGACCCUCCCCAACCAUUACUGCCCUGGACACUCGCAGGGUAAUCCGUUCAGUCCCAUCCUGCUGGCUCUCCUGACCAACAAGUCACAGGGGCCACGUCAAUGGAACCAAGGUGCCUCAGAGUACAGCGGCACCCCAAUAAUCCUGCACCCGAUUGUUGGGACACCCUGUCAGCUGGCUCACUCAUUCACUCGGAGUGCGGGCCAGGCUCCAGAGCGGAAGUGGGGUGUGUGGCUGAGACCAGGGUCCGGACCGUGGGCUGGGAAUGUGGCCAGAGCCGGGAUUGGGAACACUGGGGGGGGGGGGGGGGGGGGGGGGAGAAAGAAGAUCAGGAAUGUGUGUCGGUCUACAGCUGGAGACAGGAUCCAGAGAGUUUGUGUUUCCUGCUCCCUUUAACCUCAGCGGGUUCCCUGAGAAGUUUAUUGUACUAACGUGUAACAUGUAAAAAAAAAUGUGACACAGUGUUGGGGUGUUAUUGGGAGAACCAUCCAAUAAUCUGGAAAACCUGACAGUCCAGCUCCAACAUCCUGAGUGUGCCAGAUUAUCAGAGUGUGAGGUGCCACGGUUCCAGCUCCCUGCCUUGCCAGGGUACAAGAGGACGGAUCAGGCAGAUCCAGGAAGCAGUUCAAGGCCCCUACCCCAUGACUGAAGGGGAUGGGAUUGAGAACCCCCAGCCCUGGUGUCCGGAGCACACAGACUCCCUGUGGAACACUCCCCUCCAUCACCUCUCCCCCUUCCGUGGAAGAGUCUGCAGUUCAGAACCCACGAAACCUAUUGGAAUGUGGACUCCGAUACUCCCGGUUACCAGUUUCCCAAACAGUGGGUUAAAUAGUUGAUCCUCCUGGUUAGUAUCUUUCAUAAUAGAGGAUCUAAUGUUAUCAUUCUGGUUAACCAUUUACCAAGCAGUGGGACUACUGCAUUAUGCUCCCAAUUCCCAGACUUCUGCUCGCAAGUGCUCCUCCAAUAUAUAACCAGCCCCUCUCUGCUCCCCCACUACAACUGACCUUUGGUUGACUGAACAUCCUCCUCAUUCCAUCCCCCAAGAUUCAGUAGAAAAGCUCCUCGGCCAGUUCCGGCGAGUUGGGCAGGCUUGUUCUGGAGCACGGACCCCCACUGAGGACAAGGCUCAGUGUUUGUGUGGCUCAGACAGUGUCUCUCCACAGUGGUUGGUAUCCAAUGAUCCACUGAAAAUAAACUAAACUUGUACUGAAAAGCUAGUUGUCUCUCCCUUCUGUUAAUUUUCAGCUCAGUCUCUUCGAAAGCACGGGGGUGGGGGUGGUUGCUUGAAUGCAGCACAGAGACAAUGUUCUGCCCUCACAGGUAUCUCCACUCCUCCCCAGGCCAGUAUCCAAUCUCCAGCCACCCAGGUGUCCCACUGUAUUGUGGAGGGUGGUGGCUGUCACGUGACAGUACUGACCCCAUCCGGUCAUAUGACAGCACGGCACCUACCUGGUCAGAAGACACUGACACUGUCAAUCAAGGUUUGGCGCCGCCCAGACCCAUUAGCGCACACCUUUGAUCACCUUUGCUCCCGGCACACUUGACCAUUGGCCCUUUUGAACUACCUGGCUGGAUCACCCCCAGCCCUCUAGCACUAUAAAGAGUGCCACAUGCUUGGUUCUGCCUCAGUUGUCUCCAAGGGACACUGAGGCAAGCUGUGCACUGCUUAAAAGUAAUUAGUUAAGGAUCCCUGGGACCACUGAACCAAUGCUUGCACUGAGGUCAAGGGGUGGCAGGCACCAUUUUGUUCUGUACUUGUACUGUUCUGUCUUGUACUAUGUGUGUGUCUCACCCUUGUUGCGAUUCCCUCCCCCACGUUCACCCGUGUGUGUAUUGCCCCAGUUAUCUUUUCCUGUGUUUGUCUUUGUAAAUAAAAUCAUUUUAA